GCUUGCGCGCUGCGAUUCCGGUUCCGGUUCCAACUCCAGGGCCCCGCAGUACGCAACCAUGGCGUACUCCACGGUACAGAGAGUGGCACUAGCCUCGGGGCUCGUCCUAGCCGUAUCGCUGCUGCUGCCCAAGGCCUUCUUGUCCCGCGGGAAGCGGCCGGAGCCGCCUCCGGACCCCGAAGGAAAAUUGGGCCGGUUUCCACCUAUGAUGCAUCACCACUCGACACCCUCAGAUGGUCAGAUGCCUCAUUUCCAGAGGGCCCACCUUGCAGAGGCCUUCACAAAGGCCAAAGGAGCAGGUGGGGGUGCUGGAGGAGGGGGUAAUGGAAGAGGCCUGAUGGGCCAGAUCAUUCCAAUCUAUGGCUUUGGAAUUUUUUUGUACAUACUGUACAUUCUGUUUAAGCUUUCAAAGGGGAAAACUGCAGAGACUCGCAACUGCUCCACUACCCCACCUGGGAACACCCACAGGAAGAUUACCAACUUUGAGCUUGUUCAACUGCAAGAAAAACUAAAAGAGACAGAAGAAGCCAUGGAAAAAUUAAUCAAUAGAGUGGGACCUAAUGGUGAGAGCAGAGUACAGACUGUGACAUCUGACCAAGAGAAACAAUUACUCCAUCAGCUCCGAGAAAUCACCAGGGUCAUGAAAGAAGGCAAGUUCAUUGACACAUCUACUCCAGAGAAAGAAGCAGAGGAAGCCCCUUACAUGGAGGACUGGGAAGGUUACCCUGAAGAGACUUAUCCGGUGUAUGACCUUUCUGAUGGUAUCAAGCGUAGGCAAGAAACAAUCCUAGUAGAUUACCCUGAUCCACAAGAGCCCUCUGCUGAAGAAAUAGCUGAACGUAUGGGAGCCAUGGAAGAGGAAGGGUCAGAGCAUUUGAGCUGGGGUCAUUUGCCCAUUGACUCUGGGGCCCAGAAAGAUAAUUCAGUUACCCUGUGUGACCCUAACCCAGAACCCUGCUCCUGCUGUUUUCAUGAAGAGGAGGAUCCUGCUGUCUUGGCAGAGAAUGCUGGUUUCAGUGCAGAUGGCUACAGUGAGCAAGAGGAAGCCACCAAGGAAGACUGGCCCCAAGGCUUUAUAAAUGAAGGGUUGGGGGUCAGCACCGAUAACACACCCAUGGGUGGCCUGUUGAGGAAGCGCAACCCCCAGAGUUUAGAGUAAAGGCAGCCUGUUUGAAGAGAUAUCCAUUGCUCUACUCCCAAGGUAUCUUUCCUCAAUUUCAUCCAUGGCCCUCUGCCCUCUACUUUCUUCUCUGUGUUCAGUAUCAUAGAACUUGGGCCACUACCAUGGAUAUUAUCUAUCCUUUCUGGUGCUUGCACACCUGUCACCUUGUAAAGUAGACAUUAGUGUGAACACAGGACAA